ACAGAAGCCAGCCUAGGCUACUUAGUUUCCUAAUAGGCUGCACUAAUAUCAAACGAGGAAAAUUUGUAAUAUUUUACGGAUACAGCUGUUUCUCGUGCCGCGUUUACGUGCUAGUCAGAACUAGGAAACUCAUUUCCGACUCGCUGAACUGGGCAAAACUAAACAGUUAGCGAGUCGGACAUUUCAGAGUUUCCUAGUUCCGGUAAGCACGUGAAGGCGGUAUCAGUCAAUGAACAAACGUGUGUUCAGACUGUCUUGUCAAGCUUCUCCGCCUGAUGACCAAUGGACAGGACAUCUACUUCAUGGGUCAUCAUGACGAAGUGCCGGGAGAUAUGCGCGUUAGCCUGCUAGUCGGAACUAGGAAACUCGGAAAUGUCCGAUUAGUUAGCUAAUCGUUUAUGACUACAACCGGUUAGUACAUUGGACAUUUCAAAGUUUCCUAGUUAUGACUGGCACGUGAACGCGGCAUUAGCCGGGCGCAGUCAUACAGUGUGUGUAUAUAUCUGGUUAGGUGCACCUUCACCUCAGUAGGUGGCGGUACUUACUGUAAACGUCAUGGACACCUGUUUCAGAGAAUAGAGCAAGAUGGCUCCAUGGGAACCAGGAAGUAAAUAAAUGUCAUUGAAGAGAUUGAAGCAAAGAGACUCAAUAGAGCCUCGAGAAGAUCAAUUAUGAUCAUUUCAAAUCGUUUGCGAUACUGAAGACAACAUGAUCCUGAGAGUGUUUUUCCCACCACCAGUGUAACGAGUUGGAAAGAAGACUGCCCGCCCAAGCAUUGAUGAGGCCCGAAAGUCAUAAUGAAGCGUAGAGGUAUCUAAAAACAACUGGAGCCUUGCCACCACCUAUUGCUUGAAGUGUGCAUUUUGAAUGAUUUGUUUUCAACCCAGGUCUGUCUCAGCACUGAGGGGAAUGCCUCCACCAGAGGGUUCUGGUCCUAAUCCUAACCACUGGGCCCUCUCAGAGUUACUGGGCCAGAGGAGGCUUGUGGUGUUGGGGGUGCUAGUAGCAUGGAUGGUCCUCUUCCACCUCCUGGUGAACGUGUGGCUCCUCUGUCUCUUCACCAGCCUGCUGGUGGUCCUGGGUGGCUGGCUGGGGUCCCGUGCUGCCCUGGAUGCCAACAGCCUGCUACACCUGGAGCACUUCGUCCCCCUGGGUAGAUCACAGCCGGCCCUCCACUCGCCUGAGAGCGAAUGGAGGCUGGACCACGAGAUCCAAAGCGCUGUGCAUAAAGCCAUCCGAGACUUUGUGUCGUCCUGGUACCACACCAUGCUGACCGAGGAGGAGGGGCUGGGGGAGUUUGAGCACAUUAUGCGGGACGCCAUGUUGGAUUCAGUGAUGGAGCUGAAGGAGAGGGCUCGGUGCGUGGACAGGAGAGCGCUGGUCCAGAGGACCUUGGAGCUGUGUGGCUGCCACUUGCAGAGCUACAUGACAGCCAGGGAGAUGAUGAAGCAGGCAGAGGCACGGCUGGGGAUGCAGGACAGAGACAGCUCCAGCACCCCCAGCCUGUGGGAGCUCUAUAGCCAGGCAGAUGCCCCCCACCCAGCCCUGGCUAGUCCAGCCACGGAGCUCAGCUAUUCCCGGGCCGUAGUGGACCUCCUAAUGCAAGUCCUGGUCCCGUUCCCUCACCUGGAGACCAGGACAGGGAGAUACAUGGUGGGGGAGUUGAUCACCUGUAACGUCCUCCUCCCACUGGUCAGUAGGGUGUCCGAUCCUGACUGGCUCAACCUUACCAUUGUGGACUUGUUCACCAAAGCCAAAGAAUCACCGGAUGAGUCCCUCGAUGAGCUCCCUGAUACUCCAGUCCAGCUGCACAGGAGUCAGACCCAGCAGGAGCUCUGGACCCAGACCCGUUCUACCUCCUGGCUCCAGACUCCGAGAGACCAGAACGAGUCCAGCAACAGCCCCACUCCUCCCAAGCCAGCCACUCCAGACUCCCUGGAAUCCAUGGAGUCCUACCAUACGGCAGUGCCAGAUCUAAAGGAGGAAACACGGCAGUACUGCGGGGCGAUCCUACCAAUGCCGUGCAUUGGUUCAUCGAUCAAAAUAAACAGUUGUCAUGUGUCUAUGGAUCUGCUGAGGUCCUGCAGCGGUGGCAGCCGCCUGUAUCAGGUUGUGGACUCGGACCUGGAGUCCCCAUCGACAGAAUCCAAACAGCUCUCUGUGGAGUCCCUAGACCAGAUGGACUCCGAGGAGGACCAGACAGACAGCUUCUGUGACUGUACCUCCCCUACCAACUUCUGCAGUGUGUUUGAAGAUGAGCCACCUGGAUGCUUCGGCAACUUGAAGGUCCUGGGACCCAAGGUGUCCGAGCAGCCCCACUGGCCAGCGGGCAUGGCGGAGGAGUUGCCCCCAGGCUGCCCUGUCCCUCCGGGGAGACUGUGUCUGACCCCCUUCAGCUUCGAACCCCUCAGCAGCCCAGAUGGACCCGUCCUUAUCCAGAACCUGAGAAUCACUGGUGCUGUAACAGCCAAAGAGCACCGCAGCACCGGCUCACACCCCUAUACCCUAUACACCGUAAAGUAUGAGACAGUGGUUGACUCGGAGAGCCUAGGUACUCUACAACCUGUAGCCUAUCACACUGUGAACCGGCGCUACAGCGAGUUCCUCCACCUGCAGACGCGCCUGGAGGAGAAGCCUGACCUCAGGAAGAUGAUUAAGAAUGUCAAGGGACCCAAGAAGAUUUUCCCUGAUCUUCCGUUUGGGAACCCAGAUAUCGACAAGGUGGAAGUUCGAAAAGGACAGCUGGAUACCUUUCUUAAACAACUGUGUACCAUCCCUGAGACGGCCAACAGCGACGAGAUGCAGGAGUUCCUGGCUCUUCACACAGACGCCAGCACAGCCUUCGAGAAGAAACCAUUUGUUAUGUCCAGGAUUGAUAAGAUGAUGGCGAAUGCUGUAGACACUCUGAAGACAGCAUUCCCUCGUGCUGAGGACGACCUGGAUGGAGAGCCUGCUGAUGCGAGGAAUGCCCCAGAAGGAAGGAAGAGGUCUGUCCGGCUGAGGUUCUCCAGUAAAGUCGCCCCUACUCUCAAUAUACCUGAAAUCCAGCCCAGAGUCAUAUACUGCUUCAAUGAAGGGAGCACUGUGUUCCAUGGCCUGUCCCUGUCUGGUCUGGAGGGCUUUAUAAAGGACCAGGAGGCUCUGCUCUAUGCUCCCCAGGAGAAGGAGGCUGACGGGAGGAGGUUCAGCGUGCUACCUGGCAAAGACAGGAAGGGAGGUGGGGGUCGGGAGAGAAAACUACGGGGGACAGACACGGCCGUGGCAGACGUAGCUCUGAACAUCCUGUGUCUGCUGAUGAAGGACCAGUGGAGCUGGCUCUGCACUGAGAACAUACAGAAGACCAUCAGACUGCUGUUUGGCACCUUCAUUGAGAGGUGGCUGGAUGUGGGCAUGGCCCACCUGACCAGUGCUCCCUGCUGGGUGAUCUACCUCCAGGUGAUGCAGGAGGCAGUGUGGCCCGGGGGUGUCCUCCCUGAUGGGCCCCGUCCUGACCGCAGCCUCAUCCAGAGAGAAGAGACCAGGCAGCAGUGUUUGCACUGCCUUACACAACUACUACCAGACCUGAUUGCUGACAUGCUGGGUUCUGAGAAGUACAGAGUGAGCUGGGAUAUGGCACUGGCGUCUCUGCAGGACCCUAACAUCAACCGGCACCUGAUCUACUGUAUCUGUGACCUGCUGUUGGAGUUCCUGAUUCCAGAGUCUUCAGAGGAGGGCUUUCAGAGAUCUCUACUACACAGUCUCUUUGGGGACGAAGAGAGGCUUUCUGCUUCAGCUUGACGACACACCAACACACCGCCCCUCUCUCUGCUCACCUGUCACUACCCCUAUCUAUUACCCUCUACCCCCUCCCAUCCUGGCUGGCUCAUCAGUAUGGUAACCGUGGUCCUGCUGGGUUAAUCAGAAUGGGACCAGAGAUUUACUGGAGCUUCUCAUGAGGUCAGAGAAGAAAGGUGAGGAGAGCGGAGG